AUGCUGGCCCUCCUACUUUUGGCUGAGCUGGCAUGUGGUCUCAGUCUCGGCCUCUUCGACAAGACCUACGACUAUGUCAUCGUCGGCGGCGGAACAGCGGGGUUGACGUUGGCGGCGCGUCUUUCGGAGGACCCCUCAAUCUCGGUUGGCGUCAUUGAGCCCGGCACAACGUACAAGCUGUCCAACCCGAUCGUCUCGGACACGCCAUUGACUGGAGCUCUGUUCUCUGGGUCAGACCUCUUCGACACAAACCCUCUGGUGGAUUGGAACCUGAAGACUGAACCGCUGAAGGGAGGCGACAACCGAGUCGUGCACUAUGCGCGCGGCAAAUGCCUUGGAGGCACCAGCGCGCGAAACCUCAUGCUGUACCAGCGACCCGACAAGGGUUCGCUGGACAUGUGGGCAGAUGUGGUUGGCGACGAGAGCUAUCGGUGGGACGCUUUCGAGCCUUUCUUCAAGAAGUCGGUCCAGUUCACCCCUCCGCCAAACGAGGAGCGUGGCAACGCCUCAGCACAGUUCGACGCCGGCGACUUUGACCCUAACGGUGGUCCGCUCUCGGUCACCUACCCGCCGUACGCACAGCCGAUGAGCUCCUGGAUGAUCCCCGGAAUGCAGCAGAGUCUGAACAUCCCCGAGAUUCCCGGCUUCUCUGGCGGCAACCUGAUGGGCAGUUCAUGGGCGUCCUUGACAGUCCAGAAGGAGAACGGCAAGCGCGAGUCCUCCGCGUCGGCCUUCUUGGACCCUAUCCGCUGGGGAAGGAGCAACCUGCACGUUCACGAGCUGAGCAGUGUGCGAAAGAUUCUGUUCGACGACCAGAAGAACGCCAUCGGCGUUGAGCUCAAGUUGGGAACCAAGAUCAAUGCGCGCAAGGAAGUCAUUCUUUCCGCUGGCGCCUUCCACUCUCCGCAGAUCCUGAUGCUCUCCGGCGUCGGUCCUGCUGCCCACCUGCAAGAGCGCAAUAUUCCUGUCGUCGCCGACCGUCCGGGCGUUGGCCAGAACCUCACCGAUCACGUUCUCGCGGGACCGUCCUACCGCAUCACCGUCGACUCGUUGACGCGCUUAGCGCUAAACCCCCUCAUUGCGGUCAACGAGUUCCUGUUGAACUUCUCUCGCAACAAGGGCAUUCUCACCAACAACGGAGCCGACGUGAUCGCAUUCGAGAAGAUUCCUCGCGACCAACUACAGGCAUCUACGCUCUCGAUCCUCGACCGCUACCCCGAAUCUUGGCCCGACGCCGAGUACGUAUCCGCGCCUGCCUAUGUGGGUGACUUUGGCGCUCUCCUCCUAGACCAGCCGCGCGACGGGUACAUGUACGGCACCCUUAUGGCUGCUGUCGCCAACCCUCAGAGCCGUGGUAGCGUCACGCUCCGCAGCAAUCGGAUCGAAGACAAGCCCGUCAUCGAGGCGGGUUGGCUUACCCAUCCCGCCGACAUCGACGUCAUGGUGGCUUCGUACAAGCGAGCCAGGGCUGUGUUCACCUCGGACGCCGUAAAGGGGAUCCUCGCCGAUCCGGUUGAGUACCACCCUGGACUGGACGUCAAAACGGACGAGCAAAUCCUGGCGGCUAUCAGGAAAGACGUUAUGUGCGUGUGGCACGCGGCCGUCUCCUGCCGCAUGGGCCGCAGGGACGAUCCCACCGCCGUCGUAGACAACAAAGCUAAGGUCAUUGGCGUGAACCGUCUCCGCGUUGUCGAUGCGUCCUCUUUCGCUCUCCUGCCUCCGGGGCACCCGCAGAGUGUUGUAUACGCGUUUGCGGAGAAGAUAGCGGCGGAUAUCUUGGCAGGACACUAG